AUGGUUUCUUUUCUAGCCUUGAGCACAGCAGCUGUGCUGACUGGCUCAGCCAUCCUUACCAAUGCUUCACCAUUAAACACGGCGUUAAGACCACACCAGGUCCGCAGCUUUGGUCCAGAAGUGCAAAGAACAUUUGAAUCGUAUCCAGUCGUUGAUAAUUCUCCUUGGAGCGUUACAUCAUUCGGUCAUGUUGGUGAUCCAGUCACUAUUGCCGAGCAGUUUGUCAAGUCAAAGUUGGCAGAGGAUGACGAGUACUAUAUUGAAUCAGCCUAUACAAGCGACUUGACCGGAGUCACUCACGUAUACAUGCGUCAACGAGUGGAUGGAUUAGAUGUCGUAAAUGGACGCAUCAACGUGCACAUUGAUAAGCAAGGACAAGUGGUAGCGUAUGGCAAUUCAUUUGCACCAUCAUCCAAAGCACGUCAACCACAACGAGCAUGGUAUAUCCAGGCAAUGGAAAGAGGCAUGCAAGUAGUGUACUCGACGUUCUUUAGCCAACAAAAGCAGCAGCCCUACAUCAGCCCAACACAAGCUGUAGAAGCACUUUUGCAUCAAGUUGGAUUAUCCUAUGCAUUGUCAUCCUCUUCAGGAGAAAUGACAGUAACAUCCUCGUUACAAGGUUCAACUUUGCUUGUGGAAAAUGUCCCAUUAGCCUUAUCACCGGUGCGUGUGAAACCUGCAUACCACCAACAAGCAUCUGGAGCUCUUACUCGCGUAUGGGACGUUGAGCUGGAACUUGAGGAACACUGGUACCAUGCACAAUUGGAUGCACGUGAUGGCACACUUGGUGGAUUGGUGGAUUGGGUAGCUGAUGCAGUGUAUUACAACGUGAUUCCUUUUGGUUUCAAUGAUCCCUCGGCAACAGAUCAAGUAUUGACCAAAGAUCCCAAUGACCUCUAUGCAAGCCCUGAAGGAUGGCAUGCUCAAGGUUCAAUGUCGGGUGGUCACAUGCUUACUUUUAAUGUCACCAUCGGCAACAAUGCUUACGCACACACCAACCCCGAUGGUGGCUAUGGCUGGGAAGAAAAUUAUCGACCCAGCGGCAUGAUUGAUGAUGAUACGGGUGACAUUGUUUUCAACUACACUGCUCAAUUUGACAUCCAACAACCCAAAGAGUAUGAGGAUGCUGCUGUCACGAAUCUCUUUUAUUGGGUCAACAUGGCACAUGAUCUCUUCCAUCGAUAUGGGUUUGAUGAAAAAGCUGGCAACUUUCAAGAGGAUAAUCUCGGUCGUGGACGACCUGGGGAUGAUUGUGCAGGUGAUGCUGUGAUAGCUAAUGCUCAAGAUGGAUCCGGACGCAAUAAUGCAAACUUUGCAACUCCACCUGAUGGACGACAUGGGAAAAUGAGGAUGUAUGUUUGGGACAAUACACAACCCAUGCGAGAUGGCGACUUUGAAAGCGGCAUUAUUAUCCACGAAUACACCCAUGGCGUAUCUAAUCGAUUGACGGGUGGUCCCCACGAUAGCAGCUGCUUGGGAUGGGGCGAAGCUGGUGGUAUGGGUGAAGGUUGGGGUGAUUUCGUAGCCACCAUCAUCCGCAUGACACCUGAAGACACACGAGAAUCCGAGUUUGGUAUGGGCGGAUGGGCCAAUGGUGGCGAUGGUAUUCGCAAGUACAAGUACUCUACCAGCAUGGAAACCAACCCAAGUACAUAUGCCAUUAUGGAUCGUUUUGAUUAUUGGGGUGUUCAUGCCAAGGGUGAAGUUUGGGCUGAGAUGCUCUAUGAAGUAUACUGGAACCUUGUUGAUAAGCAUGGCUUCACUCCAAAUUGGUUCCCACCUGUUCCUGCAGAUGAUGAUGAUCAAUCCGAAGCCCUUGAUUAUAUACUCUCUUAUGGCAACACGCUCGCACUCAAGCUUGUCAUUGAUGGCAUGGCAAUGCAACCAUGUAGCCCUGGCUUUAUACAAGCACGUGAUGCUAUUCUUGCCGCUGAUAAGGCGCUCACGGGUGGUGAAAACUAUUGCGAAAUCUACAAAGCUUUUGCUAAACGUGGUCUUGGAUACGGGGCCAAACUUUCUCGUGAGGAUCACUGGUACGAGAAGAGAAUAGAAAGCUACACACUCAAAGAGGGAGAAUGUCAAGAUGAUAAUGACGACAAUACCGAGUCUUCGUGGUGGUAG